UUCAUUGGCGGUCAGUAGGAAGAGUAUACAUUGAUGGUCAGUGAGAUGAAUGCUCCUCACGUUGGUGGCCAAUGGGAAGAAUGUCCUAUACAUUCGUGGUCAGGGGGAAGAAUGCCCCUUACAUUGGCGGUCAGUGGGUAGAAUGCUCCUUACAUUGGAGGUCAGUGGGAUGAAUGCUCCUUACAUUGGUGGUCAGUGGGAAGAAUGCCUUUUACAUUGGAGGUCAGUGGGAAGAAUGCCCCUUACAUUGGAGGUCAGUGGGAAGAAUGCCCCUUACAUUGGAGGUCAGUGGGAAGAAUGCCCCUUACAUUGGUGGUCAGUGGGAGAAUGCCCCUUAUAUUGGUGAUCAGUGGGAAGAAUGUCCCUACCAUUGGUGUUGAGCGGGAAGAAUGGUCCUUACAUUGACGGUCAGAGAGAACAAUGCCCUCUUACAUCAUUGAGGAACCCUUGAAAUAAUUUUAGGUCUUAGGGAACCCCUGCUAAAACCAAUUAAUUGAGGCACAGUGGCAAACAUGCCCCCUUACAUUGGUGGCCAGAGGGAACAAUGUCCCCCUUACAGUGGUGUUGAAUGACACCCUUACAUCCAGCUAA